AUGUGGUUUCUGAGGGCUCCCGCAGCCGUCCUCGCACUCGUCGCAGUCGCACUCUUGCCCUCCGCAUCGGCGAAGCCCUACCCUGUCGAAGCAAUCCACCACAUUGAAGAGAUCCGGCAGCUGCACAACGCAUCCCAAGUCGCGAAGCGAGACUGCGGGUCUGGAACUGCCUGCGGGUAUUAUGGCCAGCUCUGCUGCGCCGCUGGCCAACAGUGCAUCACGGAUGCGAACAAUCAGGCUCAGUGCACAGGCGGCGGCGGCGGAUGGGUCUACAGCACCUUCAUCUACACCGAGACCGACCUCGUUACGCGCACCUCCGUCUACAGCACCUUCCUUGGCGCUACUCCACAGGCGACAUCGGGAUGCACCACCGCGGAACUGUGCGGGGGCGUGUGCUGCGGCAGCGGAUUCUACUGCUACGAUCCAACCGCAGGAACUUGCAGGCAGAUUGGAGGAGGAUCGUCUCCUGGAGUCAUUGGUACAUUGAACCCGUCCGCACCAUUGCGUCCUACGAGCUCGACUCUGAUUGUCAUCACAGCCACGGGCUCCCCGACCGCAACCGUACCCUUCGAGACCCCCAUCGCGACCGGCGUCAACGGAACACUAGUAGAAUCGAACCAGGGAGGAGGGGGCCUCAGUGGCGGUGCCAUUGCUGGAAUCGUCAUUGGCGUGAUCCUCGGCAUCAUUCUUCUGCUCCUCAUCUGCUUCUACUGCUGCGCCAAAGCCGCCUUCGACAGCAUUCUGGCCAUCUUUGGUCUGGGCAAGCGGAGGAGACGGACCCAUGAGGAGACGACUUAUAUUGAGGAGCACCACCAUAGCGGCGGCAGCGCGGCCGCCGGCGGACGUCGUUGGUACGGCCAGGGCUCCUCGCGCCCGUCUCGUCCUCCGAAGAAGGAAGGCGGCGGAAUGGGCGGCUUGCUGGGCCUUGCUGCCGGCCUCGGUGGGCUGGCCGCCCUUCUAGGCUUGAAGCGCAGGCACGACCGCAAACAUGAUGACAAGAGUACGACAGGGACGGAUUCGUCGUACUACUACAGUGACUACACGACUCCACCACGCACUCUCCCACUUCCACUCUUAACCAAACUCUUCCGUACAUUUCUAAAUACCAUGGAAAAGGACACCAUGCAGGUCGACAGCCCUGCCGCUGCCGCUGCGCAGCUCAAGAAUGCCGACGGCGAGAUCGACGAGUCCCUGUACAGCAGGCAGCUGUAUGUGCUAGGCCACGAGGCUAUGAAGCGCAUGGGCUCCUCCAAUGUCCUUGUUGCCGGUCUCCGAGGUCUUGGUGUCGAAAUCGCAAAGAACAUCGCGCUCGCCGGCGUCAGGUCGUUGACGCUCUACGAUCCGAAGCCCGCCCAGCUCCAAGAUCUCUCGUCGCAGUUCUUCCUCCAUCCCGACGAUGUCGGCAAGCCGCGAGCCGCGGUCACUGUCCCCCGCGUUUCCGAGCUCAACCCGUACACCCCCGUGGAGGAAUACACUGGAGGCGAUCUGACGUCAGACUUAUCGCAGCUGAAGCAGUUUCAGGUUGUGGUCCUGACGGAUACACCACUGAAGGAUCAGAUCAAGAUCGCCGACUACUGUCACGAGAACGGCAUCUACGUGGUCAUAACAGACACCUACGGCCUGUUCGGCACCAUCUUCACCGAUUUCGGCAAGAACUUCACCAUAGGCGACCCCACCGGCGAGAAUGUCAACAGCGGAAUUGUUGCGGACAUUGAUUCCGACGGCCUAGUUUCUGCGCUCGACGAGACCCGGCACGGUCUGGAAGAUGGCGACUGGGUUACAUUCACUGAAGUCAAGGGGAUGGAGGAGCUAAAUAACUGCGCGCCCCGGAAGAUUGAAGUCAAAGGCCCUUAUACAUUCUCUAUUGGCGACGUCUCCGGCCUCGGCGAGUACAAGGGUGGUGGCCAGUAUGUUCAGGUCAAGAUGCCCAAGAUCAUCGACUUCGAACCGUUCAGCAAGCAGCUCAAGAAGCCGGAGCUUCUGAUCUCCGACUUUGCCAAGUUUGACAGGCCCAUGCAGCUCCACGUUGGCAUUCAGGCUCUUCACGCCUUUGCUGAGAGCCACAACGGCGAAUUCCCGCGCCCCCACAACGACGCCGAUGCCGCGGAGGUGCUGAAGCUCGCCCAAGACCUUGCUGGCCAAGGAGAGGAGACCGUCGAGCUCGAUGAGAAGCUGAUCAAAGAGCUCAGCUACCAGGCGCGGGGUGACCUGAGUCCUGUAGCGGCCUUCUUUGGUGGUAUGGCGGCUCAGGAGGUACUGAAGUCUGUCUCUGGGAAAUUCCACCCAAUCGCUCAGUUCCUAUACUUCGAUUCGCUUGAAUCACUUCCAUCAACCACCCGUUCGGAGGAGCAGUGCGCUCCGAUUGGCUCGCGGUACGACGGUCAGAUUGCUGUCCUUGGAAAGGAAUACCAGGAGAAGCUCGGCAAUAUCAAGGAAUUCCUGGUUGGCGCCGGUGCUAUUGGCUGCGAAAUGCUGAAGAAUUGGGCCAUGAUGGGUCUUGGCGCCGGUCCUAACGGCAAGAUCUGGGUUACUGACAACGACCAAAUCGAGAAGAGCAACUUAAAUCGGCAGUUCCUGUUUAGGCCAUCCGAUGUCGGUAAACUCAAGAGCGACUGCGCCGCGAAAGCCGUGCAGGCCAUGAACCCUGACCUGAAGGGCAAGAUCGUAACAAUGCAAGACAAGGUUGGCCCCGACACGGAGCACAUCUUCAACGAGAAGUUCUGGGAGAAUCUUGACGCCGUUACCAAUGCGCUAGAUAACGUGGAGGCACGAACCUACGUCGACCGUCGCUGCGUAUUCUUCCGGAAGCCUCUGCUCGAUAGCGGCACGCUCGGAACCAAGGGCAACACCCAGGUCAUUCUCCCGCACAUCACGGAAUCGUACUCGUCGUCGCAAGAUCCCCCGGAGAGGUCCUUCCCAAUGUGCACGCUUAGAAGUUUCCCGAACCGCAUCGAGCACACCAUCGCGUGGGCGCGGGAAAUGUUCGACUCAUUCUUUGUGAAGGGCCCGGAGAUUGUCAAUCUGUACCUCACACAGCCGGAUUAUCUUGGUGCCUCACUGAAGCAGUCUGGUAACGAGAAGCAGACCCUGGAGACUCUGCGCGACUUCCUGGUGACGGAGAAGCCGUUGACCUUUGAUGACUGCAUCAUUUGGGCGCGACAGCAGUUUGAGAAAAAUUACAACCACGCUAUUCAGCAGCUGCUCUACAACUUCCCGAAGGACUCCACCACAGGUUCCGGCCAGCCGUUCUGGUCUGGGCCUAAGCGCGCACCUGACGCACUGAAGUUCGACCCGUCCAACCCCACACACGUCACUUUCGUCGAAGCGGCUGCGAUAUUGCACGCUUACAACUACGGCAUCAACCCUCCCCAGAAUGCCAAGAAAGAGCAUUACCUUGAGGUACUAAACGACAUGAUCGUUCCAGACUUCAAGCCAGAUCCUUCGGUGAAGAUCCAGGCGAGCGAUUCGGAUCCCGAUCCCAAUGCCCAGCAGACGGGUAUGGAUGACAAUGAUGUCUUGAACCAGAUAAUUGAAUCGCUACCGCCACCCAAAUCUCUCGCUGGGUUUAAGCUCCAGCCGGUGGAAUUCGAAAAGGACGAUGAUACUAAUCACCACAUCGACUUCAUCACCGCUGCCAGCAACCUGCGCGCCGAGAACUACAAGAUCGAGCAGGCAGACCGACACAAGACGAAGUUCAUUGCCGGCAAGAUCAUCCCGGCCAUCGCAACGACGACUGCGUUGGUGACUGGUCUCGUCAAUCUCGAGCUGUACAAGAUCGUCGACGGCAAGACGGAUAUCGAGCAGUACAAGAACGGGUUCAUCAACUUGGCUCUGCCGUUCUUCGGAUUUAGCGAGCCUAUUGCUAGUCCGAAGGGGAAGUACACGGGACAUGGUGGUAAGGAGGUGGAGAUAGAUAAGCUGUGGGAUCGAUUCGAGGUCCAUGAUGUUACAUUGCAGGAGUUCAUUGGCCAUUUCGAGGAGAAGGGUCUCAACAUUCAGAUGGUCAGCUCUGGUGUGAGCUUGCUGUACGCUUCGUUCUACCCUCCCUCGAAGCUAAAGGAUAGGAUGCCUCUCUCGAUGAGCAAGCUCGUUGAGUUCAUCAGCAGGAAGCCGAUCCCAGACCACCAAAACAACGUCAUCUUUGAGGUGACUGCAGAAGACCAGACGGAGGAGGAUGUCGAGAUCCCGUACGUGAUGGUGAAGCUGCAAAAGUAA